UCAUGCUGCUGCCAGGUCCAGAGUCUCUCAUGGGUCCCUGUACGGCCUCCCAUUGCUGCUGUCUCCAUCGCCACACUCUGCCAUGUGCCACUUUCAGGUCUCCUCACACUGCUGGUGUGUUCCAUUUUUUGACAUAGGGUGCUGGCAGAUUACGGGCCUCCCAUAGCUGCUGCCAGGCCCCUAAUCUGCCAUGGGCCCCUGUACCGCCUCCUCAUGCUGCUGCCAGGUCCCAGUCUCUCAUGGGUCCCUGUACGGCCUCCCAUUGCUGCUGUCUCCAUCGCCACACUCUCUGCCAUGUGCCACUUUCAGGUCUCCUCACACUGCUGGUGUGUUCAAUUUUUUG